UCAUUAAGUUAUUCAGAACAGAGACACUUUGAGAAAAUGCACAAGAACCGACAGAAAAUGCUUAAAAAUUCAUUAUUUUUAUAAAAAGGAGAGAACUGAAAAAGACUGAAAACUAAGGGAAAAAAGGAGAUUGAGAUUGAGAAACAGAAAGAAGACAGAAAGAAGAACUUCAAACUGACAGUCUAUGAUGCACAAUGGAGACAGGAGAGGACUCAGAUCGUCAUGAGAAUUGUUCAUCUCAUCCAGAGAUAAAGGUCAUUGUAAUAGGUAGUAAAUUUGAAUACAAAUGCAGUGCAGCUAAUACCAUUCUUGGUCAUUAUGAGUGUAAAGUGGGAAAAGAGAUAGUCGAGAGUGAGAAGAAACACGGGAUGAAUCAGAACAGGUCAGUUACUUUGGUAAUGACACCAGGAUGGUGGAGGAGCUCCACACUGGCAGAGAGUGCAAAAUACAUACAGAUGGAGAUUGUGCACAGUUUAAAACUGUGUCCUGCUCCACAUGCCUUCCUUCUAGUCAUCAAUCUGCACACAACAUUCACAGAAAUGCACUUAAACGGUGUUGUUGAACACAUGGAGAUUCUGGGUGAGCAGAUCUGGAAUCACACCAUCGUUCUGCUCAUGCAUAACGACAAAACACAGAGACAUGCAGAUAACAAGAAGCUCAUUGAGAGAGCAGGACAAGAGCUUGAUAUUGUAAUAAAGAAGUGUGGGAACAGAGUUCAUGUCUUCAAUUAUACUGACAGCAAGGGGAUAAAUGUGGAAAAACUGUUUCAUGAGAUCGAGAGCUUGGUAGCAGAGCAUGAAGGACAGGGCUUCAAAAUUGACAGCAAACUGUUUGAAGAAAUGGAGGAAAAGAGAAGGAAAGUGAAGAAACGAGCUGAAGAGAGAGCGAUCGAAGUAAAAACAAAGAUCCUAACCUUGAAAGAACGUCUAUCAGAGAUAUCUAUCCCAGAGUUAAGGAUCGUUUUGAUGGGUGGCAAUAUUGUUGGGAAGACCUCAGUGAGGAACACCAUUCUGAAAAUUAAACAAGAGAAGAACAUGUCAAAAAAGUGCGUGAUGAGCAAAGGAGAGGUUGACAAACAAACAGUCAUUUUGAUUGACACUCCUGGAUGGUGGCCGUACGCGUCUGUGAAGGAGACUUCAGAGCCAGUCAAGCAGGAGAUCAGGUCAAGUGUUACGAUGUGUCCACCAGGACCUCAUGCAGUUUUGCUGGUUCUUCAGUCUGGUGUCUCCUUCACUGAGGCACACAGGAGGGCUGUCAAAGAGCACAUGCAGCUCCUGGGUCGAAAUGUCUGGAAAUACUGUAUAGUUGUGUUCACUAAGGGCGACUGGAUGGGGACGCCUACGAUUGAAGAGCACAUUGAGAGUGAAGGAGAGGCUCUACAGUGGCUGAUCAAUAAAUGUGGAAACAGGUACCAUGUACUAAACAACAUGGAGUGGGGUGAUGAGAAACAGGUCAGAGAGUUGAUGGAGAAAGUAGUGAUGAUGGCCAGAGGAAACACAGAGUUUUUGACACCUGUGGAAGGAGGAAUGGAGGAGAGAGACAGUGGAUGGGGAUCUAACAUGUCAGACCUAGACAAGCUCGAGAGAGGAAGCUUAAAUCUGGAUCAACCUGAGAUGCAUGAAGAAGACUACAUUACAAAAUGGCUUGAAAAUACAGACACUGGGUUUGACUACUGCCACUUACCAGAUGUUUCUGAGGACAUUUCAGAGGAUGUCAAACAAAACAGUACUGAUGGCUUGCAGAGGAAUAUACAGAAAAUAAAAUUAGAUUAGAAAAAUAAAGAAAACAAUAACACUGCAUGCAGUAAUACUUCAAACUCAUUUGCAUUUAAGUAAUGAGAGCAGGAUGGUAAACCAUUUACUUGCAAAUUUAAAACAGUUUUUAAACUUUAAAAAUAUGCUUGACUUUUGUAAUCAGCUUUACUAUUUCUACCAUCAGCUCAACCUCAAGACAGAUGUAGUCAUAAUGUUUGUAAUGAUAAUAACACAAUUAGUUACUGGCUGAUAAUAUACCUAGUGUGUAUGUGAGUUUGUAUUUGCAUUUAUUGUAUUUACAGUGCUGGAAAUUUGUAUUAAUUGUAACCCAAAGGAAACAGUAACAGUGCACCACAUUAGCCUAAAAGAGAUAAAGUGGCAUUUUCCAUUCAAGAGCAUUAACAUGUCAUAGACAUUGGUCUUGGAAGUGUGUUACUUCCACCCUGCCAUAUGGGCUUUAAUAAAACUCUAUAGAAAAUGUAUUUAUUUAGUUAGUUACACACAUUACUAUACACAUGUAAGCCAUGAACAACUAAGAAAUGAAAACAGAAUGCUAAAUUGUGUAUUCGAAUUUGAAUUUUCUAUUUGUUUUGAAUUGUAAAAAAGGCUUGCUUUUUAAAUUCUAAUAUGCUGAUUUGAUGCUGAAGAAAGAUGCUGAUUGAUGCUGAUUAUUAGGAAUGUUGAACAGUUUUGUACAAUUCUUAGAUAAAUAGAAAGUUCAAAAGAACAGCAUGUAACAUUAUAAAUGCCUUUACUGUCACUUUUAAACACUUUAAUGCAUCCUUGCUGAAUAGUCGUAUUAAUUUCUUUC